GAGACCCCGGUACCAACUGAGGGCACUUCACUGGCUUAAGAGGAAAAUAUUUCUUACCAGUCUCUAGUCUCAAAGUGGUGAACCCUGCAGGCAGCAGGCCUUCUGAAAAAAAUCCAUGGGUGACAGAAGAUUCAUUGACUUUCAAUUUCAAGAUUUAAAUUCAAGCUUCAGACCCAGGUUGGGCAAUGCUACUGCCAAUAAUACUUGCAUUGUUGAUGAUUCCUUCAAGUAUAAUCUGAAUGGUGCUGUCUACAGUGUUGUAUUCAUCCUGGGUCUGAUAACCAACAGUGCCUCUCUGUUUGUCUUCUGCUUCCGAAUGAAAAUGAGAAGUGAGACUGCUAUUUUCAUCACCAAUUUGGCCCUUUCUGAUUUGCUGUUUGUCUGCACUCUACCUUUCAAAAUAUUUUACAAUUUCAACCGUCACUGGCCUUUUGGUGACACCCUUUGCAAGAUCUCUGGGACUGCAUUCCUCACCAACAUCUAUGGGAGCAUGCUCUUCCUCACCUGUAUUAGUGUGGAUCGUUUCCUGGCCAUUGUCUAUCCCUUCCGAUCUCGUACCAUUAGGACAAGGAGGAAUUCUGCCUUUGUGUGUGCUGGAGUCUGGAUCCUAGUCCUCAGUGGUGGUAUUUCAGCCUCUUUGUUCUCCACUACUAAUGUCAACAACGCAACCACCACCUGUUUUGAGGGCUUCUCCAAACGUAUCUGGAAGACUUAUCUGUCCAAGAUCACCAUAUUUAUUGAAGUUGUUGGUUUCAUCAUUCCUCUGAUUUUAAAUGUCUCUUGCUCUUCUGUGGUGCUAAGAACCCUCCGCAAGCCUGCUACACUGUCUCAAAUUGGAACCAAUAAGAAAAAAGUGCUGAAGAUGAUCACAGUUCAUAUGGCAGUCUUUGUGGUAUGCUUCGUACCCUAUAACUCUGUCCUCUUCCUGUAUGCCCUAGUGCGCUCCCAAGCCAUUACCAAUUGCUUGUUGGAAAGAUUUGCAAAGAUUAUGUACCCAAUCACCUUGUGCCUUGCAACUCUGAACUGUUGCUUUGACCCUUUUAUCUAUUACUUCACCCUGGAGUCUUUUCAGAAGUCCUUCUAUGUUAAUACCCAUAUCAAGAUGGAAUCCCUGUUUAAGACUGAAAUACCUUUGACCACAAAGCCUUCCCUUCCAGCUAUUCAAGAGGAAGUUAGUGAUCAAACAACACAUAAUGGUGGUGAAUUAAUGCUAGAAUCCACCUUUUAGGUAAUGAGAACUGUCCAGAUAUGGUUUUUCCUAGGAUUUUUCCUAUGCUAUGAAUAAGAGAAACAAUUUGAAGCUAGUGAUAACUGAAAAUAGAUUAAUGUACUGAAUACAGUCAGGUACAUUUAUUUGAAUGUUUAUUGUGCAUAUGCUGUUUUGUUCAAUAAUUAUAGGUCAGGUCUAAUUACAACAACCAAAAGAGAUUGCC